AAACCCUAAAUCCUAAACCCCACCCUUUAACUCUAAACCCUAAGUUUGUGAUUUUUGAUAAAACAUUAAGUGCUAUUUUUGUGACUUUUGGCCUUGAGUGCUAGUUUGGGAACAAAAACUUGAUUUAUUGCUAUUUCUGUAUUUUUCUCUAAUGCAAUUUGGUAAAUUCAGACUAUUUAAGAAAAUGCAAAAUAUGAUAAUGUAUCUAGGUUUGAUUGUCGAUAAUGUCUAGUUAUUGUUAGUAGUCAAUGAGAUGGGAGUUAAACACAUUAUCACUUGAAAAAACUCGAUCCGAAAAACUUGCUGGAUACGAAAUUGCACUCAAGGGAACAUGGCAUUUAUACUUUGGGUAAAUGAAUGGUUUGCACAUAAAUAGUUACGUAAGCCGAACGAGCUUGGUUUGGUCUAAAGCGCCACGCGUUAAAACCCUAGUUGAAGAAACGUGGGGAAAUUCCAUUAGGACUGGAACUGAAGCACGUGAGGGUCACAAUAGGACAAAUGUUACCACAGUUUUAGUCAAACCCUAAAGUCUGAAUCCAAAAAUAUAGAUUUUACCUCUUUUUUAAAAAGAUAUUGUCUUCUGUUUUUGGGGCUUUUGAUCAGUCGAACAUUUACAGCUCAGACUCACAUGGCUCAUUUGGUGCUACAGUAUGCUACAGUACUCUGUCUCCUUGAUUGAUUCAUCUGUUUGUCUGUAACUAAGUAUUAUUGAGUAAUUAUUUAUUAGGGAAAAUUAGAUAAAUAGGACACUUUGAACUUGGAUUUGUCACAUUAUGAUUUCUAGAAGAUAUUUUGGGAAAAUAGGAUUUUAGAUCUUGUAAAAUAUCAAAGUACCCUUAAUUUACCAAUUAUGUUGAAUUUAAAUUAUAAAUUAUAAUAAUUUUCGUAAUAGAUUUUAAUGUUAAAAUUAAAAUCUAUAAAAAUUAAAAAAUAAAAAAAAACACUAAAUGGGAAAAAGGGAGACGCGGGAUGCCGCAAACCUAAUUCCCCUUUCUCCUUGUCUUCUCCGUCUUAGAGUCGUCGCUCUCCCACGGCGAUUUAGGGUUCAACGGUGAGAAGCUCUGUUCUUCGUCGGUGUUUCAUCAGCCCGUGGUCUCUACUCUCGUCUCCGUUACCAUCCUUUUCGAUCUCACUGAAGACACAACGGCUGCGAAUCGUUCUUCCUCUUCGUCGGGUCAAAUCGAUUUUUGAAGUGUUCUUCCAUCAAUUUCGCUUCUCAAUCUCACAAUUCUUCACAUAAGGUAUUGGAUUACAUCUGCAGAUUCUCAUAUUAAACGAAAUCGAAGUGUUCUUCCAUUAAAGCUUGAUUUUUUUUAAAAACGAUUUGGCGUGUUUCUUAAACUAAUUUUGUUUCACGGAUUGGUUAAACAUCUUAUACAUCAUUAUUUGUGUGAUGAUAUUGAAACCUUUACAUGUUGAACUAACAAUUUUGUCACGGUUUGUAGCUAUGUCUGAGGAGCUACCGAAGAGGCUUUUUAAGGAGGGCGAGGAGCCCCGAGUUACUCAGAUCAACAACAACUGUAGGAUCGACUACAUAAUCCGAAAGUUCCAAGCGUGGCUGCCAAAGGAGUUGGAUGUCGUGAAGAAAGACCCGGUUUUUCAUCAGAUUUUUAAGCUCCAUGAGAAUGGUCUUGGAUACGCUGCCAGGGUGAUACACAGCUUCUUGUGUAGGGAGCUGGUGAGUUUCUUACAGCACGAGCUAUGGUUUGUCUUUGCGAGGAGACCGCUUCGAUUCUCAUUGCAAGAGUUCCACGCCGUAACUGGGUUUGAAUGCGAUACUCAUAUCUCGCUUGAGGAGUUUGAAGAGUGGAAAUAUGAUGGUGGUUUCUGGAGCAAGGUUUUGAGGAGAAAAGAUGGAACAAUUACACUCUUCAACCUGUGGACUAAGGACAAGGAAGCUGUAAAGAAGUGGAGGAAUGCAGAUCGCAUACGUCUUAUCUACUUGGCGAUCAUUCUUUGUGUGGUAUUGGCGAGAGAUGAGAAGGCUAAUAUCCCCCUGAAGUACAUCGCGGUGGUCAUGGAUCUUGACAGAGUUCGAAGGUAUCCUUGGGGAGUUGCUGCUUAUGACCUUCUCUGCAAAUCAAUAGCCAAAAAUCGUUCCCAACUGAAGGAAAAGACCACUAGCUAUGUCUUGGAUGGCUUCUCAUACGCCUUGCAGAUUUGGGCAAUGGAAGCGAUACCAAAAAUUGGGAAGCUUUGUGGAAAAAAGCUGGAUAAGGGUUUCAAGGACGGUCCUAGAUGCAUAAACUGGAUGGGAGCUGCGAAGGUGUCAUAUGAGGAGAUCAUUCGCUUGGAGGAGAUUAUUACACCCAAGGAUGACAUCUACCCAUACAUCUCAUGGACAGGAAAUUAUGAUGUUGUCAAAGCUCAGGCGUUUCGCAGAGAUGAUGAUGUGGAGGAUGAUAGAAUCAAGGUUCUGAUGGAGAUGAUAAAGAAGGGGCAUGAUUUUAGUGAGCAUGUUUGGGAAACUGAAGAAAAUGAAGUGAUUUCUUUAUCUCUCGAUGACGAAUCAGCUGUGAAUGAUGAAGCAAGCGUGAAUGUUGAAGCAGCCGAGAGUGAUGACGACUUUCAGACUCCGAAAGGAUCAAAAAACGUUGGUUCUAGAUCAAAGAGGGGUAAAAAGAGGCUUCCCGAUCGUGGUAUGGAGAAGAGAAAGCAUAAGGUUCUCGCAAGUGGCGCAAAGCAAGCUCCUUUUAAUGAAGACAUGAAGGCUUUUAUGACACAGUUGUUUGAGCACAACUUCUCUGGAAUGGAACAAAGGAUACAGAAACAGAUGGCCGAGACAUUUGAGCAGAUGCGGACAGAGCUUAAACAAUCACGUAAGGAAGCCAGCGUUGAAGUUGAGCUUGGAGAGCCUUCACCGACAAAGCCAUCGACGAGCCAGGCACCGUUGAGGAGGUCCACACGCGGGGUAAACAAACACUAGUCUUCACCAUCCUCUUCAAUGUUAUUUUGUCUUGUUUAAGUUCGUGGUUUGCGUGUCUGUUUGUUUUAUUGGCAUCUAAGUUAUCGGCCUGAAUUUUGUUGUACUUUAUAAGGUCUCGGUUUGUAUGUGUGC